AUGCAGUUGGGUGUGGUGGUGGUGGUGGUGGUGGUGGUGAUGCUGGUGCUGGGAGUCGUCUGCGUUCGUACCCUCAUGUGUGAUGAAGCAGAGUAUCAGACCGGGGCACAGUGCUGUCCUCUGUGUGGCCCCGGAAUGCGAGUUGAAAAAGACUGCACCGAUUUCACAAGUACAGCAUGUGUGUCCUGCACAGACGGGACUUACAUGGACAAACAUAACGGACAAAAGGAAUGCAAAACGUGCAGCCGCUGCGAGCCAGGUUCUGGACUGGAGGUCAAUCAGUCUUGUGCUUUAACGUCAGACACCGUUUGUAAACCACUGGAGGGAUUCUUCUGCACUAACUUCAGCUCGAGCAGCUGUUCAGCAGCUCAGAGACACAGCAGCUGCACACCAGGACGAUACAUGAGCCACACAGGAACGUCGUUCUCAGACGCAGAGUGUUCUGACUGCAGCAGUGGAACAUUUUCAGAUGGGACGUCAACAACCUGUCAGCCUCACACUCGAUGUGAAGCUCAAAACCUUCGGCUGAUAAAAGCAGGAACGGCUUCAGCUGAUGCAGAAUGUGGAGAAAAGGGAUCAAAUCUGGGAGGAAUCGUCGUCAACGCUGUGCUUUUUUUAGGAUUAUUUUCUGUAACGUUGUUUUUUUCAUAUUGUGCAAUUACCGGCAGAUAA